GGCUCCUCCUCCCUCCUUCCGUCCCCGGCUCCUUCCGUCCGUCGUUCCUUCCUUCCUGCUCCGCCCGCGUGCCUCGCGCUAUGGCUUAGCGCCUCCGCUCAGCCCGCACCACCUGAGGAUCCCGGAAGCCGUCCCCGCGAUGGAAGAGGACCAGGAGCUGGAGAGGAAGGCAAUUGAAGAACUGCUUAAGGAGGCAAAACGUGGGAAAACAAGAGCAGAAACAAUGGGACCGAUGGGUUGGAUGAAGUGUCCUCUCGCUGGCACAAAUAAAAGAUUCCUAAUUAACACAAUUAAGAACACGCUGCCCUCCCAUAAAGAGCAAGACCCUGAGCAAAAGGAGGGCAGCAAGGAAGCCACGAAAAGCCAGGGCCAGAAAGAAGAAAAGCGGAAGAAGCACAGAGGUCACCCCUACAAGCACAGCUUCCAGGCCCGGGCCCCCGAGGGCCACUCUCCGCACCGGAAGCCCAGUGGCCGGGACAAGUCGGGGAAGCGCUCCAACAGGCGAUGAGGAGGACGGGCAGGAGCCACCUGCGCUGAUCCGUCUGGGACAGGGGGUGUGCCCACGAGGAUUUGAGGACAGGCCUGCAGCCAGAGAGCAGACACCUAGGAGUGAGUGACUUUUACAGUCAGUCCUUAGUUGCUAUGACAAGGAAAUGAGUGCAAAGGGACUUGCUCUGCAGGUGUCCAGGCAAGUUCCAGCUUUUCUGGCGGUGGCCUCCCAUAGCGUGUCAUGUUUUCAUUCUCUGUUGUUUGGAAGUUGGUUUCAAAAUAAAUCUAAAACUUAAGUUUUCA